AUCGAGUCUCUAUCUUGUGCACUUUUGGAAGCAUUGCGUAGGCCAGGAUUUUACUCCGGUGAAGAAUACAUGGAAUUUUCUAGUUUCUGCAGUGGAACUGAGCGUGCUGUUAAAGACUUGGCAGGCCGCCUCAGGCUUCCGCGAAGAGGUAUAAUGACUGCAGAACUCCUUGAAAUUUUAUAUAAGGAGAAACGAACUGAGAGUCCUGGAUCAGAUGCCAAAACAGAUGAAAAAGGGAAUAUUCCAACCGAUCAGAAAGUAUGUUUUAUAACUUUUUAUUCCAUAUAUCUAAUGUUGAAUCAGAAUCAGGUGACAGAUCUCCUUGGAGUUCUCUCUUUGUAUGUCUUUCUGGUUGAUCGAAGUAUCUGGUAUUUGGUGUUUUCCGUUCAUAUGCUCAAUGGCAACUGUCUGUCUUUGUACGAUUUAGUUGAAGAAUACAUCUGAUACUUUGCCAAAGCAAUGUGUUGCAUAUGAACAUUCCAACAUAUUUUUCACUUGCGAGUUUCUAG